GGGGGAUGUGGAGAAGGCAUGGGGAGGUGUAUGUGUAUAGAGGUGAGGCGAGAUAUAAACUUCAUUUGCAUCUCGCUACUAGUAGACGGAAAGUAGGAAGUAUUGGUGGUGGGUUCUGGCUCAGGGUCAUCGCAGGCCUCACAACAGCAAGACCAAGGGAAUAUUGCUGAGUUUUGUGCUGCAGGGGUGUAGCGAGGGGCACCAUGCAGAUGGGGAUGACCCAAGCUCCCCAGCAGGAGGGUGAGGGGGCCAUCAAGCCACAGCCCCUAUCCUCCCACAAUGACUCAGGCUAUAGCUCCGUGCUCACCUCCCCGGAGUCGCUUUGUGAGGGCAGCAAGCAGCAGGUGGUGGGGCUGACUGAGGGGUUGCCCAGCCUCACGCCAGAGGUGACCCGCAGAUCCACCAGGCUCACCAGCACACCACACACCAGUAGCUGCCAGGAUGUGUUCCGCCUGCCGCUGCCCAAGAUUGAGGGCAUCACCAGGGUGGGACGGACCAGGUACAGCUCCACAUCAGACUCGCCCGUCGCCACCACCACUGUAUCGACCCUGGAGAUGAACGAGCUGGAGGUGACCUGUGAGGCGAACAUCAGCCAGAAACCACUGAGGGUCAAAACCAGGUUGUUGGAGACACUACAGAAGCCCGGCAGGACCAAAGCCACAGUGAGUUCUAGGCUGCCACCUUCAAGAACCAUCACAAGACUCAGGAAGCCACCAACAGUCUUCAUUCGACUACUGAAGGAGGCAGACUAUCUUGCCAGGCGUGUCCUGAGGUACUUGAGCGGGGAGGACCUCUUGCGGCUGAGCCAUGUCAACCAGCAGCUGCGUGACUUGAUAGUGAAGGACAAGGUGCUGAACAGCAGGCGGACAAGUUACCUGAAUGCCAGGAGGAGUGACCAUGACCGUGUGGGGAAGGAAAACGUCAAGCUCAAGAGACUCACCGAGGGGACCAGCUCAGCAUACCGCACGCUGUCCCCUCGCAAGCAGCUGUCGGCCAUUCAGAACCUCAGCAACACCAGUGCCCCCAAGAGCCCGGAGAAGGUGAUAACUCUGGCAGAACGCUUCAUGCAGGUAGGCAAGAACUUAACAAAAGGGGAGGAGCUGCAGAAGUGUGUCAAAUGCAAGUCCCCAGCAGUAGUUCACAAGUCACAGCACCGAGCCACAUGCAGCAGGAAGGUGUGCGGCUAUGACUACUGCACCAACUGUCACCUCACCUUCCACCGCCGUCCCCACGACUGCCCCGUGCUGAGGCCGCGCACUCGCCAAGCCUCGGGCAUCUUCUCUCUCAAGUGUAAGAGGAACCUGAGGCGGUUGUGAUUCAUACCAGUGGUUCUGAAGUGUCUUUCAUGUCUUCUUGGUAAUGUAAAGGGUGUUGGUAAUCGUGUGUGUAGGUGUGUGGUGUGUACUGAGAAUGCUCUGAAGAGGCUAUGAUUGAUGGCCUUUCUUUGGUGCAUCUUUCAUGUCUUUCUUCAUAAUGUAAA